GGCCGAGGAGAGAAGAUGGCGGAUGGCGACAGCGGUAGCGAGCGCGGCGGCGGCGGCGGGCCCGGUGGCUUCCAGUCCGCGUCCCGUAGCGGCGGCGGCGGCGAGCAGGAGACGCAGGAGCUGGCCUCGAAGCGGCUGGACAUCCAGAACAAGCGCUUCUAUCUGGACGUGAAGCAGAACGCCAAAGGCCGCUUCCUCAAGAUCGCUGAGGUGGGCGCGGGCGGCUCCAAAAGCCGCCUCACGCUGUCCAUGGCUGUGGCCGCCGAGUUCCGCGAUGCGCUGGGCGACUUCAUCGAGCACUACGCGCAGCUGGGCCCCAGCAGCCCGGAGCAGCUGGCAGCGGGAGCCGAGGAGGGCGGCGGGCCGCGGCGCGCGCUCAAGAGCGAGUUCCUGGUGCGCGAGAACCGCAAGUACUACCUAGACCUCAAGGAAAACCAACGCGGCCGCUUCCUGCGCAUCCGCCAGACGGUGCACCGCGGCGGGGGCGGCGGCUUCGGCGGGCCCGGGCCCGGCGGCCUGCAGAGCGGCCAGACCAUCGCGUUGCCCGCGCAGGGCCUCAUCGAGUUCCGCGAUGCGCUGGCCAAGCUCAUCGACGACUACGGGGGCGAAGACGAAGAGCUGGGCACUGGCGGCGGCGCCGGGGGUCCUGGAGCCGGCCUGUACGGGGAGCUCCCGGAAGGCACCUCCAUCACGGUGGACUCCAAGCGCUUCUUCUUCGACGUAGGCUGCAACAAGUACGGGGUGUUCCUGCGAGUGAGCGAGGUGAAGCCAUCUUACCGCAACGCCAUCACUGUCCCCUUCAAGGCCUGGGGCAAGUUCGGAGGCGCCUUUUGCCGGUAUGCGGAUGAGAUGAAAGAGAUCCAGGAGCGGCAGAGGGAUAAGCUCUAUGAACGACGCGGCGGAGAUGAGUCUGAAGGCGAGGAGGUGGAUGAGGAUUGAAAAUAACCGCUUUCCCUGUAGGCCUCCCCCCACCCCUUAAACCACAAACCCCUUGGCUAAAGAGCUACCUUUCCUGCCCAUCCCCAGUGAGCUAGUGCAGGGGUAACCAGGGAGGCCCCAGAAAGAGAAAAUUAAAAUUUAAGUAAUAGUUUAUUAAGAGAAAUAACCGUAAGAGAACAGUCGCGGACAAUUAGAGAAAAGCAGUAAAGUUCCAAGGAACAGACAGCAACCUGCAAAGAGGACAGCAGUGUCUCCUCACCUGAGCAAAAUAGUCUCAGCUUCUGUUGUUUCCCAGCUGAGGUUCCUAAACCCAUCAGGAGAACCAUGCAGGGACUAGAUCCUCGCCCAGCAUGGGCCAAGGGAACACUGAGUUACCCAGAAGACGUGAUGGCAACUGAAUUUGUGUUGUACCUGGGUAACCUGGUCUAAAGAUCUCUUCAGAACUCAGUAUUGCAGUGUCUUUCCCUUCACCUCCAUUGAAAUCAGCAUUUUGGAUCUAGGCCUUCGUGGAAUUCUUGAGAAAAGGGCCUUUGCAGUUACCCACUUAUGCGGAUACCGGUUUCAUGAAAAGGAAUACAAGUUUAAUCAUGGACAGGGCAAAAUAAGAAUUCAAGAAGCCAUUGGGGAAUACAGAAACAAAUUGGAUCCGUUUUGUCUAAAAUGGUUUUGCAUGGAACCUGGACCAAGGCCCAAGUCUUUUUGUUACAGAACUGUUUUCCGGGACGCAGAUGAACUCAGAUAUCAAUCCUUGAACUAGAAUUCAUUACUAAAAUUUUUUAAGUUGGCAAAAUUUUUUCAAAGCUAGAAGAGCAGUUUUUCAUUGGGGGUUUCUGAGGUAGGCACAAGAAGAAAUCGGGCGUAAAGCACAAGGAAAACUGUUUGAGUGGAUUGGUUGCUGCUCACUAAAGUUCUUCCCCUGAUCUCCAUAUAUGGAGGUCAUUACCAAGAAAUGGCUUAGGUAUGAAUGAGAGCCAGAUCCCUAUGGCUCCACCUUGUGAGCCAGUGAAGUGUGGCUAAUUCGGCUGUUUCCGCCACUGGUUGGCUGGAUUUUAAACUUUAAAACUUGAAGAUAUCUACAAAAGGAACAGUGUGACUACAAGCUUGAGCUUUAAUGGAAUAUACAUCCUCACAGAAAAGUUGGAAUAACAAAACUGAAGUCUUCAUCUACCUUCAGUUUAAUCUGUGGAUUUUUUUCAAAUACUGAAGAUCCUCAGGUCCAGAAUUCCAGCAUCAUUUAUUCUUUUAAAAUAAAUUUUUAAGAACUUGAUCCAUUGUAUCAGUACCUCACAAUCAAAGUUGGCAAAUGGUGGAUAAGUGAUUCAAGCAAUGUGUCCUUUGGAAACUGAAAUUCUUCUGAAUGGCGCUGAAGUGAACAGUGAAUAUGCUGACUAUAUCCUGGAAGCAUUUUUAUACCAUCUUGAAAUUUCAACAACCUGGCUUUUGCCAGUUUAGCCAGCUGUCUUUCAAGAAUAAAAGUUGGGGUUUUCAAGGAUCGCCUCUUCUAUAUUUUAAAUGGAUUUUCAGUAGAGAUCUUUUUUUCUAAUCAAGUUAAUCCCACCCUAUCAAAAGGUAUUCCUUAAAAUGUCAGAGACCUAGGUAACUUUGAAUUGAAUGGGAGCUAAUGUUCUUUCCAAAGUUUUCAGGUAUUAUUUGUGAGACACCUUCUCAACCAGGAGGCAAGUGACCCCACCUCCUCAGUCUUAGUAUUUUUUUUUUAACUGCAUGCCUGCCCUUUAUUUGAGCUGCCUUUUAAUUUAUUGCAUACCCUUUUUAUUAUCUUAUUUUGGUAGUAUUCAAUCUAUACACUUUUUGUAUUUAUUGGGAAAUAAGUAAUAUUCAAAAAGGUCAUUUUCAUGCAUUGUGGCUGAGAGGGAGGGAAAUAAUUGUGUAUAUAAAAUUAAGCUUUUUAAAAAUUAGGUUAUGAUGCAGAAUAUUAUUGAUCUUAGAUUUUAAAAAAAGUGGAAGAGCCACGAACAUUGGUGCCCUUUUCAGACUAUUUCUCUACUUUCAUCAUCCACAGUAGACUUUUUAAACAGAUUUUUUUAAUCUUUUUUUUUUUUUUAAUUUUUCUCCGUUGCAAAGAAUGUUUCCUAAAUUGUAUGGGAGCAAUAGUAUUUUUGAUGUUUUAAUGACAUCCGUAUACUUGUACUGUAUUUUGUACUACAAGGCAGCUGUUUUCAAUAAUGUCCUGCUGUAUUUACAUAUGUGUUUUGAGUGUUGUUUUUUUUUUUUUUUUUCCUUUGCUGCGGAGAACAAAUCCCUAAAUAGUUUUAGUAAAAGAGCUGAGAAGUUAGCAUUUGGUUUGCAGAAACUUUAAGUUUCAAACUCUGAGGCAGCAAUGAAAAUUAAGGUUGUGGCUGUUCGUUGAUUGCUAUAACUUUCAUUUUCAAACCAUGUACAAUUCCUGUGUAGACCAACUUGUUUUCUUGCUUCAUUUGGUGGUUCUGUUGCUCAGCUGCAGUGAGCCGUUCAAUUUUGCAAAGGUGCGGUACCUCUCCUUUUUAAGGGGUUGGUUUAUUUUUUUCUUUUCUUUUUGUUUGGCUGAAUUGCAGUAACUAGCCUUGCUUUUCUAUUCUGUAGAAAUGACAGGGUCUUCACAAUCCUUCACCAGUGGCUACUAAGCUAUAAUUAGCUGAAUAGAAAGAAUGUGGAAGUGGUCUGAGGCAUAUAGAGUAUAUGCCAUGAACACUACCAUAUAUGGCAUCAGCUUUGGUUACCAGAGAAAUUUUCUUAGUCAUUAGACCAUAUAACAGUAAUAUAUCAUAUGUAAAUCUUUAGAUGUCAAUUUGAGAAUUCUCCAAAAAAAAGGAGCAAAGAAUGCAUAAGCUAUGUGUUGGAAAAAGUAAUUUAUAUUAAAAUUUUGACCUGCCUAUGUGUAAGAUUAAGUGGUAAAUGUCAUAGUGGUGGGUUUUAAGUCUAAACCAAUCUCAGAGGUUUGUUUCUCCUGCCAGGGGUGGUUCAUGGCCUCUCUUCCCACUGCAGGAAGAUCACAGAAGGAUGUAGAUUAAUUGCAGCAUUUUACCCAUCUUCAUUCCAGUUACUAGGGACAAUAGGAAUCUGCAGAACAGAGAUGACAUAGUUAAACAAGAUGAUACUAGUGGAUCAUUUCUCAGAACUCAUUCAUCAGUAGGCUUGUUGAAAGGAAAUGAUCUGUUAAAUCCAGUCAGAAAAUGGCAUUGUGCAGACUGUGGUUUUCAACCACUAUUAUGAACUGUAACUUAGGACUUGUUUUUCAUUUUGGCUAACAUCCCAGCUAAUCACCUGUUCAAAAUAGUCAUUUUCCUGAAAAGCAGGGAACUAAAAUUCUUUUCAGAUAAUUGGUAGAAUGUAUGCUUCUCAAACUACUGCACAUGCAGAUGUGCGAAGUGAAAUUUUAGGAGCAGAAUCAAGAGUAAAACUCUUGACAACAUCCUACCAUUCCCUUCUGGUUUCUAUUGUCCCUAUCAUUAAGUGAGUAGAACAGUGUUCUACACAAAGAGAGCUUUCAGUGCAAUAUGCUGCACAGAAACAAAAUGUAAAAAACCUGUAUGGCGCCAAAAAUCAAAGUGAAAACCAAACCAAAAACCCGGACACCCUAUGUCACAACGGGAGGCAUGUAGGUGGUAUAAAUGACUGUAGCUGUGAUACAUACAUGGCUGCUUGUCAGGUCACUUUCCAUAAUUAUUUACUGCAAAAUGAUUGAGAGGCUUUUGGUGCAGGCAGCCAUUAACUUCCUGCUUCCUUUGUUACCUCUCUAUCACUUUGCAAUAAAUUGCAGGUCUUUCAAGAGAAUCAAGCUUCAGUUUCCUCAAAACAAAACAAGUAUCCUGUCUUAUCUGAAAAUGCAGGGUUGUGGGCAAAAGAGGCUGGUUAUAAUAAUGCCCUCAUAUUGAGUGGUCUGUAGAUGGCUGCAAACUUAAGGCACUAUAGUUGCUGAGGAUGCUUUGUUAAAUGUGACUUUGACUGGCUUUAUUUACAGGGGGGUAGAAUGAUCUACGCAAGAUAUUAAAAGGUGAAUAUUUGUCUGCAUCUACCUUGCUCUCGAGGUGGAUGAAAUUAAGGAGAAAACUUAAGUGUGUAAACCAUGCACAUUAAGUAUUCUUCUCUGUAAAUUUUGUUUUCAUUUUUAACCCAAUUAUGGUACUUUGUCCAAUGCACAACUGAUCUCUCAGUAGAUAUUCAUUUGAAAAUAGUGUGGCCUUGAUCAGUGAGAAGGGGAAGGAGAGAAGUGACUUUUUGCUUAUGUAGAAAUGACUCGUUUGCUGAGAGUUGUUCUGCAGCACUCUUCGUAUCUAUGCGUUUGUGAUCCGUCUCCUUUUUGAUUCAGAAAGUUAAUGUUUUUGAUCCUGGAAUUACUAAUUCAAUUGAGUUGUCUUCUAUUUUUUGGAAGUAUCAGAAUUGAUCUGAUAAUGUAACAAAGUUGACUGCUUUGAUGUCCAAUCUCAGGUUUUAGAAUAUAUAUAGUAGUGUGAAAUCCCACUAACUAUUAAAACAACAUUAAUUUAGUACCCCCUUAAAGUCACAUGCAUCAGGCCUGUUCAGAGAGCAGAGCCUCCAUCUUUAGCUCCUUUUCUACUUUGUACUUCACUGAAAGUGUUGAUGGAUUUUACAUUGUAUAUUUCCAUUUUAACCCUGACAUACUUCUCAAAGAUAAAGCACUUUUUGAUCAUGAAAUACAUGGAAUUUUUGUGUGAUGUGGAUGGUUUCUCAGGCUUCCAUAGAUAAUCUGCUUAUGAAUAUUGUUCUAUCUCUGUGUAAGAAUAAUAGAAAUCUUUGCUAAUGUUAGACGGUUUGUAUUAUGAUCCAGAAUGCAUUUUGCUAGCUUCCAAUGGAUGGGAGAGUAAACAAUGCUGCAUUCACAAUUUAAUAGGUUACUUUCCCUUGAGCCUUAAGGUAACUUUCUUUUUUCUGUCAACAACAGCACUGAAGUUAUAGUAAAUAAAUGAGAUUGUCAGUUUUCAGGGUUGGUUUUAGAGUACUGUAAAUCAAUUAGCUGUCUUCCUAAAGAGUUACUAUUCCCAUUAAAUAAACUGGAUAGUGGGGGUAGGGGUGGGUCUGGGAUGGGGAGGUAGUUUGUAGAAAAGAGAAAAAGGAAAAAAAAUCACAUUUACUUGUAAGAAAAAUAUAGACAGAAAAGGAAAAAAUGCACGUCAAUGCCCCAUUCGGAAUUUCAGAUAUAAGUGGAAGAGGCAAAUUAUACCUUCCAUUUCCUGUUUUUAAUCUAGAAAAGCAAAGUAAUUAAUAUUCAAAUGCUCCCUCCCCCAAAUUUCAAGAGAACAAGUCUUUUGGAUGGACUGUUCUCUUGAUAACUUCGCUAUUUAAUUAGUCACUGUUCCCAGCCCUGAGGCUUAAAAUCUAGUUUUCAUUAUUGAUGGAUUUUACAGACCCUUAUUUUGACAAAUAUCCAGUUGUCAGUACUGAAAAUUAAAUUUGGAAAAUAAUAAAAUUGCAUCACAAAGGCUAGUAAUUUCUCUGAUUAAAGUAAGACCUUUAUGAAUGUAUUUUAUAUUUGCUGAUGAAAUAAGAAUAUGCCAUCAAUAUAAUCACCUUUAUUAACAAUCUUUUAUUUUUGUUUGAAAAUCUGACUCCUUGCUUCUUGAAUUAGCCCUCCCAGUUGACAUAGGUAAAGCCAUGUUAAAACAUGACCAGUGCUCUAUUGGUCACUUACUGCUCAACAGGACUUGUAAUACAAGAAUGGCAGAACUUUAUCUGAAGUAAAAGGUGAUUCUAAAUAGUUUGAUGAAAGUUGUGACUCUAACAUGAGAUUUUGAGUCCAGGAGCAAAUUUCAUUCUCCUAGUUUAUAUCUAAAUAUCCACUGACAUGGAAGAGGAGAGAGCUGGUUACAUGUGAUCUAAUGAAGUGUGGACCCAGAUAAUUGGAGAGAAAAAUAAUAGACCUAUUCAUGUUCAUUUUCCACUAACAUAUUACAGAAGGCAUGAGUUUCUUCUUCCCUUCAAUAAGCAACUAACUUUCAAGAAAAUUUAUUUAGACCAUCUCAUUUCUUAAAGGCAAAUUUUCAUCUCCACUCUUAACCCAGUGUUGCACUGUCAGACCGAUUCAAAAAAUCUUUGUAUUUGGAUAUCGAGUUGCCAGUGGUUUAUUUCUUCCCUUUUUAAAAUUACCUUUUCAGAAACAUAAGUCCAGGGAGAGGCCUAAGAAAAUUGAAAAACAGGAUUAUAUUACUAAUCACAUUUGUGUUGUAAAGAUUAGGGAGUUUUAAACUGUUGAACUGUGAGAUAUAAGCCCUUUUCUCCCAGCCCACAUGUCACCUCUGUAGAAAAACACUUGAUUCCUACAAGUGACUAUCGAUUGGACAGAAGUCUAGAAACUGAUGAGUACAGAGCAUACUAGCGUGGUUUUGUAUGUUAUAAUAGGGGAGUAUAUUUGAGUUUUAAGAAGUUACCAAGAUUUGAAUAAGAAAUUAUCAGUGUAUGUAGUUGGCCUUUUUUCUAAAGUUCUAGAACACUUAGAUGCUUGUUCUUUUGCACCUUCAUACAGAUGUUUUUCCAAGAUUAUUGUUAAUCUUGAUCAUAUUCCCAGGUAACAUACUUUCAUUUUGUAGGAACCUUCACUGCCAAUCAAAUCUACCAGGGGCUUCCUUAGAUUAGAUUCUUUACUACAAAGUUGGAACUGAUGUUCUGCAUGUAGAGCAUCUAUAGAAGUCAUUUGAAUGAAUGAAAACCAAAUAUUGAUAGCAGGAGACAGCUUCCUAAUCUAGAUGUACAACUAGAAUUUAGGUUGGAGGUUAGUUUAAAAGUUUUUUGGGGAUGUCUUCAGUCUGUGUAAAUACCCACAUGCUUGUGCAUUGUAAACCAAGUGUGUAUUCCUAUGUAUGAAUUUGUAGAACGGAUUUCUGCUUCAAGAGAAGCUGCACCUUUAAUUGUAUAAGGUCCCCUUCACCUAUAACCCUAUAAAUAUUUGUAAAUAGAACACUAAAGUUUGUAGUGAUAGGAUCAAUUUGGGAAUAUCUGCUGAGAGACCAAAAAGCUCAUUUUUUUAAGUACCUUGGUUAAAGAGUAAAGAUUAUGCCUCUUAUUUUUUAAAAGAAAAAUGCACUUUAACAAACAGCUGCAUGGGCAAUUCAAACAAAUCCGUUAAGUGCAGUACCCAUUCAGAAAUCACACUUCCUGGAAACCGUUCAAAAGCAGAGUCUAGAUGGGCUGUUGAUCUCACUGCCUGGAGGUUGAAGCUCAGAUUCUGGUCAAUUUCAAGAUGAGCAGGGCUGCUUCAAAAGAGCAAUGUGAAUACAGCCAGAAGCUUCAGACAGGUCUGUAAAAUGGCGGGUCCCGUAUUUACCACUAACUAGCAAAACUGACAGAAAAACUCAUAGGAAAAAACAAGUUUGAGAAUCCUUACUGCUGGUGUGCACUCCUUACAAUAGCAGACUUUUGCAAAUGGAGUUUUACAGUCUAUAUUUAAAAAAUUGUAUGUUUGUAACAAAUAAAGUAUGCGGAAAAGUGAAUGACAAUCGUGUGUUUGUGUCUAAUUUAAGGAAUUAUGGGAUAUCAGGGAGGGAAU